AUGUCCGUAAUGCGCCAUGGAGGAGGCGGUGGCUUCCUCCAGCGCCGCCUCACCAAAUUAUACACCGAUACGAAGAGUUCAUGUGAAAGCGUAACGACCGCCUCAAAGGCGCUGGACGAUCCAGAACUUAUCGCCCUCCACCAAAGUCUCCAGAAGCAGCGAGAUCGGCUACUUGCAUGGGGCCUAGAUUGGAGUGACGCUAGUGCCGCCCAGCCCAAUGAUAUCGAUGAAUCCCUGACUGCAGCGGGCUUUAGCGAUGUGGUUGAGAGUGUAAUGUCUUCAAUUCAGGACCUGCUCAAUGACGCCGAGCGAGUACAACAUCUCGACCCUCCCAUGAUUUCCUCGAAAGACCGCAAAGUCGACCCAUCGAAAGAGGCUCUCGGAAGCCGCCCUCUCAAAAUCCAAUGGACGGACGAUGAUAUUAGCCGGUCGAAGACAAUUCUGAGUGAUCUGACGGGAUGCAUUGAUACACUUUAUGAUCUGUCCCGCUCACGGCGGACGAUGGCGUCUAGUAUGUCCUCAAAGUACAACACCACACGACGAGCCCGACCGACUACCGACUCGCCCCAUGGCUCUUAUUCGGAUUCCAAGGAAAAAGUGCAGAGUCCAACUAUUCUUUACGAUCAACAUGCUUACUCUCCCUCUACCACCAAACGGGAUUUCGGUGGUGCCUUCAUGUCAUCCCAUCAACUUGUGAUCGACCGAUCCGCCUUGAAGUUAUAUGGAGCUGGCGAUGAUAACAGUCCUCCGCCUUAUGAACCUGUCGCGGCAUCCUCAAAUUCACGUGCGGUCGGCCGAUUGAAUACCUCUGCUUCGCCUGCUCUUUUCACUUCUGUGAAGGAAGCACAAGUCUCAGUAUUAGUUGAAUUCAUGCCUAUGAUCGUCGAUUCCCACAAAGACCAAAAAGGCAUCCGCCUCGAGAAGCUGCAACAAUCUGUUGAACAACUUUUACAAAAUGCCAGAAUCUCUCAUCUUGGCCUUUUACGCUUCUUAGGCUAUUGUAUCGAUGAACCGAACUCUCGUUAUGCCUUUCUUUAUCAGAUGCCCGUCGACUACUUUCCAUUUUUACGAAACCCGAGCGAUUUAUUGAAAGAACUGAAGCCCAUUCCUCUGGUUUCCCUACUCCCUUCAGCGGAAGAUUAUCGCGAGAAGCGAAUGCCGAAUCUAGAGACCCGCUUUCGACUUGCCUAUGAUCUGUUGAUGUCUGCCUUGCACUUGAGAAGUCAGAACGCAGUGCAUGGUAACGUCAAUAGCAGCAAUGUAAUCUUCUUCCCCGGCCGUAAAGAUGCGAACGAUGAUGAAAGUGGUCUUUCGCCUGAUCUACGUCGCCCAUAUUUGACCUCACCUGCUCGCUUCUCCGGAGAUGGCCCUACUCCUGAGCCACUGUCAACAGCUAUGUAUCGUCAUCCAGAAGACAAGCGGAAUGUUGACGACGAUGGAGCAUGGGCCAACGACCUUUACUCUCUCGGGUUGGUCUUACUAGAGAUUGGUUUAUGGGCACCCAUUGGUCGCUUAUGGAAGAUGAAGUACGAUCGCACCUGGUUUAAGCACCGAGUGGAAGAUCUCUACGUCAAGAAACUUGGACCGAAAUGCGGUGUCGCAUAUCUGCAGGCCGUACAGCUUUGUCUUGACGCUCCCAACUUUCAUCUCUCAACACAACCCAUGACCGAUCUCGCCCUCCGUGUUCCACAAAUUUACCAUUAUCCCGUCCUUGACCUUUCCGACCCCGAUGGAACAUUUUCCUUUUCUAUGAACUUCAUGUACACAAUUUGCAAGAUCUUAUGGUCCUGCUGCCGAAUUGAUAUCUUUUCGGCGCCGCCUGCGGAAGAGCUUGACGACUGCCUACCCCUCGCUCUGGUUCCUACCCCCGAGUCAACUCCUAUCAACGAACAAUUGACCGCUUAUCAGACUGUUCAAGACAACCUGGAAAAGAAUUUGCCCAGCAUUCCAAACAACCCGUGGGCGGGAGUGAUGCAGGAACCAAGUCUCGAAAAGCCCGCCAAGAAGCGCACGGUCAAACGUCUUCCUCAUCUUGAGAUACCUGAUGAGCAUUGGCAGGAGUGGAAUUUCCAGAUGAUGCCCAAGCUCAGUCGGCUGCUUCAGAAAAUUCUCAAAGACUCAAAUGAAUCUUGUGGAGCAAAUCUCAUGAUGACCGGAGAGUCCAACGAAACCGCACGGACCACCAUCUGCGUUACUUGUGCUAGUGUGAAGAAGGUUCGUUCAGCAUUGAAGAAACAUUUCCAACUGGGUCGAAAUGAUUGGGACCUUAUUGUCAUCCGUGGGGACAUUGAAAGGUCGAAAGUCCCUCGCAAUAAGCGUCGCAAGCCGGCAAAGACCCGCCCCAAUGGAUCCAAUGAAACGCCCUUUCGUCAGCGAGAACUUAACCCAUGCUAUCAGCAAAGACCUCUUUGUGGCGCCUCAAUUGGUGCAUUCCAGAACGAGGAGCACCUUCCUCCAGUUUCCUAUGGUGGAGCCGUAAUAGUCGAUGGAAUGCCCUAUGGGCUAACAGUUCACCAUAUGCUUGAAGCACCGAGUGACGACGAGGGCCCCGACAACGCUGAUCAUGAUGCUCCGGGUCGAUCAGCGGGAAACUGGCCUCGUAACACACCCGAUGUCACCAACUUGGAUUAUCUGUCUAGUUAUGCUGAAGAUGAUCAAUCGGAAGUUAAUCUGGAUCUUGAAAUCUCAGAUUACGAAGACGGGGACGACGCGUCAAUAUCACAGGGUGCUGAUGGAGGCUAUGAUGAAUAUUGGCUUUCAGAAGAUGAAUCCUCUGAUGACGAGUCUAUUGAUCCAGACAAUGAUGAUGAUGAUGAUGCCGCAUCAAUUGGUGACACCACUGGUAUAGAGCCGGGCGAAGAACCUCGUCUUUUUAUUACCCAGCCAGCAAUUGACGAUGUGCAUGACGAUUUCUUUCCUUCUCCCGAAGAUCGUGAUGAUGAGCAUCUCGCAUCCCACUCCCUUGGUUACGUUCACGCAUCAUCUGGCCUUCGUCGAUGGAUGUGGAAGGGUCUCAAGCACGAAAUUGACUGGGCUCUUAUCAAAGUUGACGAUAUUCGCAUGGACCCUCGGAAUAUCAUUAUGGACACAACCACGUCCUCCCCUGCACGCGCUAUUCCAGGACGAGCAGCCCAACCCCCACCAAUAUUUCUUAAUCAAGUCGCCCGGAUUGAAGAUCUGGGUGGGAUGCACGUUCACUGCUGUGGCCGUACAAGUGGACUACAGUCAGGCCAGAUAUCCAAGGCAAUGACUUUAGUCAAGUUGCAUGGUAGACACUCCUUCUCGACAAGCUUCUGUGUCAACGGGAACUUUGGAGCCCCCGGUGACUCCGGCGCAUGGGUAUUUGACAGAUCAACCGGUCGCGUCUGCGGUCACGUCCUUGCCUGGUCCGCGAAAAGCAAUACCACCUACAUUGCCCCUAUGGAAGUGACCAUAGAAGACAUUACCCGCACCCUGAAUGCCUCUCUCGUCUCCCUCCCUGGCGAUCCCACCCGUUCUAUGGGCUAUAUAACCUCCGCCGCUCCUCAACCCGCUCAAUACGGAUACCACCCGCAGCAGCUUCCUGCUGAUUUCAACCGCCUGACAGUCGGUGGCCCUACGCAGAUGAUGCCACCACAUUCAUACCACCCAAAUCACCCACCUCAUGCAGGCUUCGGCCGCCCUCCUCCACCACCUCCACCUCCUCCUCGACCAGGCUCUCGAGAAGCCCAUGUAUUUCAUGGCCGCAUGUCGCCCAUCCCACCGUCUCUUCUCUCGGGCCCACGGAAUGUUGAGCGUCAGCUAGCUUGA